GUUUUGCGCGACGAGGAGAAGUUGUAAAUGGGGAUCUAUGGAGAAUUUCCUGGUGCCAAGCUCGGGAGGACCUUUGCGGCCGGGCUGACUGUGGUGCGCGUGUGGUCACCAUGGCCGUGACGCAUACAAACGCGUUUCUUGCGUGAGAUAGGCCGGAUCCCCGCACGUUGAGGUUCGACCACGAUGUGGUUCUCAGGUCUGGGUCUGCCCGUUUCCCUCCUGGGCCUUGUUGCCCAGGUUCCCCUCGAACCACGCCCUGCGAGUCCUGCAGCAGACAUGGUUGCAUCGUACGGCAUCAAGGACUUCAAUUUCAAGGAGGGUGCAGAGCUGUUCUCGCCCAUCGACCUCGUCAAGCUCGCCAGGCCGGGGACAGCCACCGCAAACUCAGCUGGAGACCUCUGCAUCGUGUCCCUGAGCAAGUACUCGCUCGACGACAAGAAGAACCACAAGUCGAUCUUCAUCGCGCCCAUCGAGUCGUCGGCCCAGCCUCUGGAAGUCCCGCUCGCCAACGGCGGUGAUGCGUUCUGGCUGGACACGCGUACCAUCGCCCAUGCCGUUGAUGAAGGCGAAGGCAAAGACAAGGUGAAGGCUCUCUACGGUUUGUCCGUCAAGUUCGAGACCGAGAGUGGCGGUGCCACUGUCCUCAGCACCCCCGAGAGUCCCGUACUCAUUGGCAAGUUCCCGACGGCGUCGGCCUCCAACUUCAGGUUCAGCGGCAAAUCAAACUUCCUUGUCUUUUCGGACAACGUCUUCCCCGACGGCGACCUUAGGACAGUCAAGAAACAAGAUGAGGAAUGGGAGAACCGUGGGGACACGGCGUUUGUGUAUGACGAGACGUUCGAGAGACACUGGGACGAGUGGGUCGGACCGAAGCGGAGCACGCUGUUCUCAGUCACGUUGAGCAAGGGCAAGGACGGCAAAUGGGCAUUGGGAGAGAAGUUCGUGAACCUAUUGAACGGCACAAAGCAUCACGCUCCUGUCGAACCGUUUGGUGGCACAGAUGACUUUGACGUGUCCAGCACGCAUGUUGUGUACACCACGAAGGACGCGGAGUUGCCACCAGCCUGGCACACCAAGCAGAACGUCUAUAUCGUAGACAUCGAGGGCAAGUCCAAGCCUCGGGAGCUGACGUCUGGCAAGCAGGGUGCGACACACGGACCUGUGUUCAGUCAGCAGGGCGACAAGGCAGCCUGGACUGAGCUCGAUCUCGAUGGCUACGAAUCGGAUAGGGCCAAGGUCGUGAUAUAUGAUCUGAAGAAGGACGUCAGAUACACGUUGACUCAGAAGUGGGAUCGCAGUGCGGCUGAGCUUGCUUUCUCUCCUGAGGGCAAGGUCCUGUACUUGACGGCGGGCGACCUUGCACGCGUCAAGGUAUUCGCCAUUACGCUGCCAGAUACCCCGAAGGAGUCUACGACCCAUCCGAACCUUCCCGACGACCUUCUCCCAGAAGCCAUCACCGACUCUGGCGCAGUCUCUGGGAUCCAAGUACUUUCCAAUGGCCGACUUGUGUUCACGCGCUCGAGCCUGACGGCGCCGAAUGACGUGUUUGUGCUGCGGAACCUCAAGGAAGACUUAGUUGGCGAAUUCAAAAAGGACAUCAAGGUCGAGCAGUUGACCAAGUUCACUGCGGAUGCUCUCAAAGGGAAGACGUUGAAUGCCGGCGAAGACUUCUACUUCGAUGGGGUGGAGCAUAAGAUCCACGGCUGGAUCGUGAAGCCACCGGGGUUCAAGGCGGGCGAAAAGAAGAAGUAUCCAAUCAUCUUACUCAUUCACGGUGGACCCCAGGGUGCCUGGGAGGAUCAGUGGUCGACUCGUUGGAACCCUCAAGUGUUCGCUCAGCAGGGCUACUUCACUGUCGCCAUCAACCCCACCGGUUCGACGACAUUCGGCCAAGAGCUGACCGAUGCAAUCCGGGAGAACUGGGGCAGCAAGCCUUUCGACGACUUGCGGAAAGGAUGGAAGUAUGUCCUCGACAACUUCCCCGAGGUUGAUCCCAACAAGGCGGUCGCGGCCGGUGCCAGCUGGGGAGGCUACGCCAUUAACUGGAUCCAGGGACAUCCUGAGUACGACUUCGGCUUCAAGGCUUUGUUCUGCCACGAUGGUGUCUUCGACGCUCGUUACAACGGCUACUCUACCGACGAACUGUUCUUCUUUAACCACGAGUGGGGCGGUCGUCCAUGGGACUCGAAGGCCCAGGAGACGAUCAAAAAAUACAACCCCGUGGAGUUUGUUUCCAACUGGUCUACGCCGAUGUUAAUCGUCCAUAGCAGCAAGGACUAUCGCCUCCCCGAGACUGAUGGUAUCGGUGCUUUCCACGCUCUGCAACAGCUUGGCGUUCCCAGCCGGCUUGUCAUCUUCCCGGACGAGAACCACUGGGUGCAGAAUCACGGCAACAGCUUGAAGUGGCACUAUGAAGUUUUCCGUUGGUUUGAAAAGUACAUUGGAGAGCACUAAAGUUACGUGGUGCAUCGCCCGCGCUUGUAACACUAGGACCGAAUUGGAAUGAAACUCUCUUGGCUGUG